AUGGCCUCCAUCUCUGAGCUCUUCUUCGUCUACUUGGCCCUCAUCCUGCAUGAAGAUGAGGUCACAGGGAGGAUAAAAUCAAUGCCCUCAUUAAAACAACAGGUGUACAUGUCGAACCUUUCUGUACUGGUCUGUUUGCAAGGCUGUGUGGCCAACACUGAUGUUGGAAGUCUUAUCUGCAAUGUAGGAGUUGGUGGGGCUGCCCCAGCAGCUGGUUCUGCUCCUACUAGGGGUGCUGUCCCUGCUGCUAGCUCUGCUGAAGAGAAGACAGAGGAAACAAAGGAAUCAGAUGAUGACAUGGGCUUUGGUCUUUUUGACUAA